AUGAUCGACGCAGCUCAUGACUACAAAAGUCGCGUUGAAGAACGGCUGUUACUAAGUACUUUGAACUUUACCAUUCUCCAGUCGACCAACGUUGUGAACGCAUACCCCGUAGCCCAACUAGCAAAGAUGGAAGCUCCAUCCAUCAAAGAGCUUUGGAACAUAUACAAUCCAAACAUCGCGAACAGUUUGAUUGCCCUCGGAGACCUAGCCGAAGCUGGGGCUCGCGUUUUGACAGAGAGAGAAACCCACGAGUUCGCUCAGUACUCCUUGUGCUCCACUCUUCCUAAUAGUUGGGGUCACAUUGGAAAGAAGAUUGAGGUGCUGACUCCCAUUUUUCGAGAAGGCGUUAACAAGGACACGAACCUUUUGUAUGGUGGGAAAGAGAGGGGCAUCUUUGUCGGUGAUCAGGUAGACACGGACUUGAGGUGGCUGGCAAAUCAAGGGGAGCUCCAGCCUGACAUUACGAGAGAUGAAACUGAGAGGCUUGUUCUGUUCUGA